AUGAGCACAUCUCGAAUGCGCAUCGGACAGCCAGCCAUCGAGUACAAUGACUACACAACGCCACUAAUUUUGGCUGCUGCAGGAGGGCACACGGCCUGCGUCAUAGAACUGCUGGAGCAAGGAGCGGACCCCAAUGCAAGACGAGUUACCGGAACGACAGCGCUUUUCUUUGCCGCCCAGGGUGGCUUUGUGGACGUCGCUAGAAUACUUUUGAAAUCCGGAGCACCCGUGGACUGCUGCUCGGUUGACGGAGGAACGCCACUGUUCGUCGCCUGUCAGGGCGGUCACGAGAACAUGGUUAGCGAACUGCUCAGCUACGGGGCCAACGUUCAUGCCUGCAUGAAGGAUCGAGCCACUCCGCUGUUCAUUGCGGCCCAAAAUGGUCACAACGCUGUCCUCAAGCUUCUGUUGGCGGCCGGUGCCCAACCGGACACCCCUCGCAACGAUGGGGCCACCCCCCUGUGGAUUGCCUCCCAGAUGGGUCACGAUCACAUCGUUAAAAUGCUUCUGCUGCAUGGAGCCUACGUGGAUGCCGUCCGUUGCGACGGUGCCACGGCACUCUUCAAAGCCGCCCACAAGGGACACAGUUCGGUGGUCCACGAGUUGCUCAAGUAUCGCCCGAAUCUCGGUCUUAUCCCGAACGGAGAGUCCGCCCUUCAUGCAGCCGCCCUCUUCGGUCAUCUGCCGAUCGUGAAGCAGCUAAUUGCCGCUGGCGCUGAAGUCUGCCUCAAAAAUCAGGAAGGGCUGACGCCUCUGCAGAUCGCCCGUCAGCAAAAGUAUCUCUCCGUCUAUCAGUAUCUGAAGGAUCGCGAACACUUCCUGCGUCAUCAGAGCGCUUCCGUGGGCGGAGGAGGCGGAGUCAGUGGUAAGGGGCUCGUUACUGUGGUGUCCAGUGCGGGAACCACCAGCGGAAGCAGCGUCGUUGCGAUCACCAGCUAGAAGGAGGAGUCCGUUGCCGACAGGGGCAACAACAAUAAUAAUGCUAGUUGAGAAACAUAAAAAAAAAAAUAAUUUUGGGGGUGGCAAUUAACGUAUCGCCCAUACUUGGAUCUCGGUUCAGAUCCCAGCCACAGUAAAGCCAGUCGGUUUUGCACACUGGGGCAGAUUCGACGACUAAAACUUCUGGUUCUCUGAAUAUGCAUCCUAGAGGUUUGGUGUCUUCGACAACCAUUUUGGAAGAUAAUCAAGAUAAGUCUAAAAUAUCUAGAUAAGUUUUAUCUUUUGAUAGGAGACUCCCAGUUAAAAGCUUUCUUCUGCAAAGUUGUUCAUUGAGUAAUUUUCUAUGGAAGAAAGCUACGCUUAAUCACUGAAAUUUAAGGCGCUGUAAGGAGUUUUAUAAAAAGCAUCCAAAAAAUAGAUUUAGUUUUUUUGCGCAAAAAAAAAA